AUCACAUGCCUAGCCAUUCAUACAAUGCAAGUGUUUCUCCUACGGGGACUGUCUGGCUCUGCCCCUUCCCUGCGCCACUGAUUGGCCGUGCCCUGGCACCCAGGUGACUUUCAGUAGCCAGGCGCUAUUGUGACCCCGCUUGUGCAGCCUACAGUACCACCCAGCCGGCCAGCCAGCCAGGGAGCAGCGCUGCAGUGCGCACACACAGCACUUGGGUCUGCAGGCUCCGCUUGUCAUACAUCUGCCAGUAGCAGCAGCAGCCGACUGGGUAGGAGAACGCCGAGUAUCCCCCCAUCCAGCUGCAGCUUGAACCCCAACACCGCCUGCUGAUUCCCCGAUCUACCAACUUAGGCUGGCACACAGGAUAAAUAUGGGAAGGAAACUGGAUCUUUCUGGCCUGACAGAGGAUGAAGCGGAACAUGUCCUUCAAGUGGUCCAGCGAGACUUCAGUCUGCGGAAAAAAGAAGAGGAGAGGUUAAGUGAACUAAAGCAGAAGCUGGAUGAAGAAGGCAACAAAUGCUCCAUUUUGGCCAAGCAGCAGAAGUUUAAUGAGCACUGCUGCAUCCGAUGCUGUUCCCCUUUCACAUUUCUGAUCAAUUCCAAGAGACAGUGUUCAGACUGCAAGUUUAACAUCUGUAAAAACUGCAGCUCUUACCAAAAGAAAGAGAAAGCAUGGAUUUGCAAUGUCUGCCAGCAAACAAGACUACUGAGGACUCAAUCACUGGAAUGGUAUUACAAUAAUGUAAAAAGUCGGUUUAAGCGAUUUGGAAGUGCCAAGGUCCUUAAGAAUUUAUACAGAAAGCAUAGACUUGAGAGUGGAGCUUGUGCAGAUAUUGUAGAGGGAAAUUUUAUUGAUGAAAGCAUUGAAAAUGAAGGGAGUCUUUGUGGAAGUGAUUCAACAUUCUACAGACAGACAGAAGGGCACAGUAUGAUGGACACUCUCUCGGUGGCCUUACGUGUUGCAGAAGAAGCAGUAGAAGAAGCCAUUGCCAAAGCUGACUCAUACAGAGACAGCCUGGACAAACAGAACGAGGCCUGCUAUUUGAGAGAGCAUAAAGAAGAACUGAUUGAAGAACUGGCCACAACCAUUGUUCAAAAGAUUAUCAAAAGAAAGAAAAGCAAAAGUGAACAAGCUGAAGCCAUUUAUGAAUGGCAGCAGUCAAGAGGCAGUGCCAUAACAUCACCCGCCACGUCGGAUCGCAGCAUGCUAAACCUUCAGGACAGCAACAGAGGAUCAGAUGCAUUGUGGAGGUCUCAUUCGGCAUUUUCUCUGAUGAGUGAAGAUACCCCAAGCACCAAUGUUGACAUGAAAUCUGCCCGACCGGAAGUGCUUUGCCAGCAUCCGAGAAAUUGCAGUAAAAGAGCAAAAGAAAGGAGGCCUUCUACACUUCCAAGCUGGAAAAGUGUUGAUAGCCUAUAUGAUUCAAGUCCCUCGCCAGUUCUGCACAGUUCUGAUGGGAAUUGGGUAGCUCUUCAAAGCAUUACACUGCCUCCUCCAAGAAUGCUUGCUCAGCCAAAGAGUCAAGUCUUCAAAGCCUUGGAAGAUGAGUCCCGAGUUGUUUCAGCCUAUGAUGAGAUGGGCUCAGAGAGCGAUGAGGAAGUUGACUGGAGCUUAGCCCUCAAUGCAUAUAGACGAAGAGCACGAGAUUUGUCAGAUGAUUCUUGCUAUGCAGACUCACAAUACAACCCUGAAUGGGCAUGCAGUAAUGAUUACUAUCAGCCUGUGACAUCUCCAUCAUCUGGCCUAUACACCAACACUGAAACUGUUUACUCUGAUUCAGAGACCUCAUCACUGAACUCAUUGAAGGAAACAAGGCAAUCCUCCAAGUCAUUAUGGCCAAACAGAAAAGUUCCAUUUAAUCAGAUUCAAAAGGAUCAUGGCUAUGGAAAAAUGGAUAUUAACUUUAACCCUCAGUCAAAUAGUAUGGAAUAUUCAGACAGCAGUGAAGCUGAGAAAACGCAUUUUGAUGUAGAAAAAAAGUCUAGAAGGUGGAAAAGGAACAAAACUGAAAUUGAAGAGCAAGGGGAUUUUAUGAAGGGGCAGAAAAGAUCUCUAAGCACAAAUACGGCUUUCAGUGAUGUAUCAGAAACCGAUACAGGCAACAGAGGACCACAUCACAGGACCAUGACAGAUAACCUAGAACAAAAACUAAAGACUAAAUUAUGUGAAUUAACAGCAAAGAUUAGUGACAAAGAAACUUCGUCUGGGGAAGAGCAAGAUCCAGAGUUCAGAGUGGAAAACAGAAACCCUGAGAUGUUAUCUGAGGAGAGUGGCAUGUGUGUGCAAGAGGAGUUAAAAAAGAAGUACUCUGCUGUGUCUCUCUGCAACAUAUCAACAGAGGUCCUUAAAGUCAUCAAUGCCACGGAGGAAAUGAUAGCAGGAUCCUCGGGUCCAUGGGAAUCCCCAGCAAAUACGCAUGAUCGAGGGUCUUUUCCUAUAGGUGCUGAUCCUGUAAGACUAGAUGAACAGCUCACCAAACUGGAAGAAAAUGUUUACCUCACAGCUGGCACAGUGUAUGGGUUAGAGGGGCAGCUCAGUGAGAUCGAAGAUUCAGCACGCAAGAUUAGCAGUGUUACAACUGAGUUAGAACUCGCUGACCUUGAAGAUCAAGUUGCUACAGCAGCAGCGCAAGUUCAUCAUGCUGAGCGCCAGAUUUCUGAUAUUGAGAGUCGGAUCUCAGCACUUACCAUUGCAGGCCUAAAUGUUGCCCCUUGUGUGAGGCUAACAAGAAGACGGGAGCUGAUAAGCAGUAGUCAGGUACAAACAAUAGACACCUCCAGACAACAAAGGAGAAAAUUACCAGCAACUCCCUUGCAAGAUGAAGAAUCUGAAGGCUCAGUAGUGACUGCUAUGAGAACAUUUAAUCAUAACUUUGUUCUGCAAGGAUCUUUGACACAACGUACGAAGGAGCGGAAAAAUGCUGCAAUGGAUGUUAUGGAACCAACUAAAGGCUCCACUAUAAUGUAUUGAAGACACAUGAAACCUGCCAAAAUUAUGAUGCCUAAAAGUUGUACACGAGAGUGCCUUUCUUUAUCUGUCAUUAUUGUUCCUUCUACAAUGUGGAUUGUUGUGUGAAGCUCAGUAACAGGGCUUUAUUGAGAUACCUCACUGGAAAUGUCAGCGCUGUUUUCUGCUAAAAAACCUCCGCCUUAAAUAUUUAGCAGACGCAGUGAAUGGGUACUGAGUUUCAAAUGAAAGGCUCUUGGUAUAAUGAUGCACUUUUUAUUUCUGUCCAAGUAGCACAGUAAUGUGUCAAAAACUGUUUUCUAUCCAUGCCAAAAUCUGUAAGAACAAAUCUUUUUGUGGAAAUGCAUUUCCAGAAUGUAUCGUCAGGAGGAAUCACUGUAUUACCGUGCAAUGUUUUUGUAACAAUUUUAAAUAUUGUUCUAAUAAGUUGUUUGUAUAUAAGCAGAAUUAUAGUAACGGUUGUAACAAAAAGUUAUAUUUCGCUCCUAAUAAAAUCUACAGGAAAGAUCACAUUAUCAACAUAAAGCAAAGAGAAUCUAUAAAAAAAUGUUGUUCUAUAAACCCAUUUUAAAGCUAAUCCCAGAGAUUAGUUAUUUAAUUGUAUUAUUUUAUUUAAAUAGGUGAUAUCCUCUUGAUGUUUUAAUCAAGUAAAAAGUAAACAUUGUUACCCAAAUCCCGUAUAAUCUUGAGUUUCCUCUUCUGAAAAUAGUCCAGAGAUUGUACUUGUAGCAUGAAACAGAAGUUGGGUUAACCCUUUUACUCUGCCAGCGGUGUAGUAUCUACCUUUCUGGUUUGAAGCCUAACCUAUAGAAUAAACAUGUAGUCUAGCGAUGCGUCUUUCCUAAUGCACAGCUUUCCUGGCCAGAUCAUUGGUAGAAAAAAGGGUAAAGCUUGACUGGCAUAACCCUGAUUUCAUAGUAAAUAUUACAAUACACUGCUAUUUAUUGACCCUGUGCUGCUUGUGGACUGAUUCGUCCUUGCUCAGCCCCUAACUAAUGUUGCUUUAGGGUUUCAGUAAUUAAACUGUUGGAGUUAAAUUAUGCACUUAAGAAUGAUAAACUGCUAUAUUUAGUCUGUUGUAAUACAGAGUUUUACAUUUUAUUUAGAAAAAAUAGUUUAGAUACUGAACUUACUGUACCAGCCUAGAAGUAUAGGCGUUCUAUAACAAUGAUGAUUUUUGUCUUUUAAAUAUGGCCCCAAAGAUCCAUGUCCUAAAAGAACCAUCUGCAUGUGCUGUACCGCCAAUACAAGGAAGACUGCUGAAGAUCAGAAAGAUAUAGAUAUAUAAAGAUAGAUUUUUUACCCCGCAGUUAAUGUUUUUUUCCUCUAAAAAUCAUAAUUGUUUUCUUAAAAAAUUCUUUUCAUUCUUUAUUAUGCGACAAAACCGCAAUAAACACAAAAGUAAAAAUAUGCCAUUUAAAAUCUGUCAGUCAUGUAGAAGUCGGUCCUUUCUCUUUGAGGUAUUCAGUUUUUCAGGGUUUUUUUGGGGAGUUAUUCAUCCAAUUUAAGUCAUGUAACAUUCAUAAUUCAAGGUAUUCAUGUUUUUUUUAUACAUCUUGGCAUUCACGUUUUUUUUGGUCACAGUUCUUAAUAAAUAAGGCAACAUUUGUGCUUUUUUUAAAUUUGUAGGGUUAAUUUAUAAAGACUGGACAAAUUUACACCUGGGCAGUAACCUAUAGCAACCAAUGAGUGAUUAGCCUUUUCAUCAAGCUUCAGGUUAAGCAGUAAAAUCAAAUAUCUGAUUGGUCGCCAUGGGUUACUGUCCAGGUGCAAAUUUGCCCAGUCUUGCCCAAUGUGAGUUUAAUUGUGGUAGAAAAAAACUCUAAAAUUACAUAAAUCUGAAUUUUGAUAAAUCUGCCCCAUAGAGUUAUGAAGGGCAAUCUCAGAAGCAUAGAACCUUAUUGUCAUAGGGUGGCUGUACAUCUUGGCUGGUUAGCUAACCUUAUAAAAAGGAUACUUCAUAUUAAGACCCAUCAUUGAACAAUGAAAUAGUUGCAGGUCUUCGUGAUACCUUCACAUUAAAAGGAAACUUAUGCCAGUAACUUAGCCAUAAUAUACGAUUUACUGCCAGAAAACAUAUAUAGAACUUUCUUUGCUAAGCUUGGGUGCUGGCAAAACAUGUCCUGUUAAUAUUCCCAUUGCCACAAUGUUCACGUGUUUAUAAAACACUGUCACUGUAUAAACCAUAAUUCUAAAGAUAAAGAAUUCCUCCCUAUUGUGUUACUGUGGGAAGUAGUAUAUAUAGUGUAUUUCUGUUUCUUUUCCAAAGAGCUGUUUCAAUGAAGGGCCAGGAGUCCAUUCUUUUUGUUUUUUUGUGGUGAUUUUUCUAACAAAAUGAGAAUGAUGGCUGUUUACCUAACUGUUAAACCUCUGUGGAUUGCAAAGUUAUAUCCAUUCUGAACUGAAGAAAUAAUACAUCCUCCCUGCUCCUUUGUUGGUGUCUUUCAAGCAGUUCUGAAAGUUUAAUGUGAUGUCAAAUGGUUCUCAUGCAAGCAUGAAUCGCAGCUACUGUAAUGUACUAAUGUAGAAACAAAUAUAUGUACUAUGUAAGCACUGCAAAAAAAAUACAUAUAUCAGAUUUUAAUUUUUUAGCAGAUUUAUUUGUGCCAAAUAUAUGUAAAAAGAAUUUAUUGGUCAAACACAUGUUAUAUAAAUAUAUCACUGAUGUUUAUUUUGCCAUUGAGUAAUUUUCAUUCUUAGUUUCAUAUUUACAGCAAGAUUUUUUUAUUUAAAAAAAUAAAUAAAUAAAUAAGUGAAAGAUUAUAUCAAGAGUAUAUAGCAAAGAUCUGUUGUACUUGGUUUGAAAAGCUAAAUGUUCGUUCAUGGAACCAUUUCCUCAUUUUUAAAAAAGAUUGUUGACCAGAAUGAAGAAGAAAGUUAAUAUGGUUUGGUGUAUCUAAAUGCAUGUUAGCUCAAUUAUUCUGGAAAAUAAAAAGCCUUGAUUACAGAUACAAAUUUAAGAAAGUAAAAGCUAUAAAUCUUAA